AUGGCCGGUCUGUCAUGCGUAAUGUCCCGUUCAAUCAAGUAUUUGUUCAAGUACUUCAACAAGGGCCAUGACAGGGUAACAACAGAGUUUUACAAAGCCAACUGCGAUGCAGAAUGUCCAAAAGUUAUUGAUGAAAUCAAUUUGAUUUUAUCUGAAGAUGAGAAAAAUAAUUUUGCACUUCAUGAGAUACAAAUAAUGUUUUCUACUAUGGGAAAUAGUUUGAAAGACUUUCCGUUGAUGCCAAAUGAUAAAUUGGUGCAUCAACUCACCGAAGAACAAAGGGCUAUAUAUGGAGAAGUAUUGCAAGAUGCUGAGAAUAAUCUGGGAGGCCUGUUUUUUGUUUAUGGAUAUGGUGGAACGGGAAAAACAUUCUUAUGGAGAGCAUUGUCUUCUGCUUUAAGGUCAAAGGGUGAUAUAGUUUUAAACGUGGCAUCAAGUGGCAUAGCAUCUCUUCUACUACCAGGAGGUAGAACUGCGCAUUCAAGAUUUUCAAUACCAAUAGCUGUUAAUGAAGAUUCAACCUGCAACAUCAGUCAAAGUAGUCCUUUGGCACAGUUGAUAAUGCAAAGUAAGUUGAUCAUUUGGGAUGAGGCACCGAUGAUGCAUAAGUUUUGCUUUGAAGCUUUAGACCGUACUAUGAGAGAUAUCAUGCGUGCUAAAAAUCCAAAAAACUUGGAUAUGACUUUUGGUGGGAAAACCGUGGUGUUAGGUGGAGAUUUCAGACAGAUUCUACCAGUCAUUCCAAAGGGCACUAGGCAAGAUAUUGUUGGAGCAAAUACUGAAGUUAAAGAGAUUGAAAAAUUUGCAAAGUGGAUUGCUAAUAUAGGUGAUGGAACAAUUGGUGAUUGUUUGCAUGGAGAAUAUCGUGCUAUUUUGGCACCAACUUUGGAUAUUGUGGAUGCAGUAAAUGAAUACAUGAAUGACUAUAAUAAUGCCGAAGGAAGGACGCAUCUCAGUUGUGAUUCGGUUUGUAAAUCUGAUUCAAAUGUUGACAUGCUUGCUGAUCUGCACACUGCAGAAUUUUUAAAUGGUUUAAGGUGUUCAGGAGUUCCAAAUCACUCAUUGACUCUAAAAGUUGGCUCACCAGUUAUGCUUCUGAGGAAUAUUGAUCAUUCAUUGGGGUUGUGCAAUGGUACAAGAAUGAUCAUUUCAAAGUUGGCAGAUCAUGUUUUAGAAGCUCAAAUACUAUGCGCGGCAAGUGCCGGUACAAAGGUCUUAAUUCCAAUGAUGUCCUUAACACCUUCUGAUGCAAGAUUGCCUUUUAAGUUCCAAAGGAAGCAAUUUCCACUAAUGUUGUCAUAUGCAAUGAUAAUAAAUAAAAGCCAAGGCCAGACACUAUCCAACGUGGGUUUGUUUUUUAAGAGACCGGUUUUUAAUCAUGGUCAAAUGCAUGUAGCAGUGUCAAGAGUUAGUAAUCCUAAGGGAUUAAAAAUUCUUAUUUGGGAUGAAACUGUAAAAUCUAAAAAUACGACUACAAAUGUCGUAUACAAAGAAGUAUUCAAUAAUGUAUAA